AUGCAGGACGCUGGAACAAAUACCGCGGACCACUACAGAUGCCGUAUGGGCCCAGUGCGCUUCAAAUUUCGCCAGUGUGCUCUUGAAUAUGUGCGGAAAGAAACCGAUUUACUAGCGCGGAUCCAGAAGUCGGUCCGCACGCCAUUUUUGGACACUUACUUUGCGUCCACGGCCAACUUAGGUACCCACACGUUCUAUAUGAUCAUGCUGCCCGUUUUCUGCUGGUAUGGCCACAUGCCAAUUGGAGAGAGCGUCAUUACUGUUUUGGCAAUCGGCGUUUAUAUUACCGGGUAUGUCAAGGAUCUUUUGUGUCUGCCCCGCCCGCGGUCACCUCCGUUGCACCGCAUCUCCACCAGCGGCUCGGCUGUCCAGGAAUAUGGAUUCCCGUCUACGCAUUCGUGUAAUGCGCUGUCGGUAAUUCUGGUUUUCAUGGUUGAAAACAACCCACCCACCGUAGUUUAUUGGAUCUGCACUAUCUUGGGUAUCUCCAUCGUGUCAGGCCGGCUCUAUACAGGCAUGCAUGGGUUCAUUGACGUUGUGUCUGGGCUGGUUUUUGGCUGGAUUGCCUGGCUGAUGAGUUGCCAAGCUGUCAAGUGGUUUCAUGCCGCUCUCCACGGUCAGCCAUCGUUCCCAUGGCUGAACCUAUCACUUUUAGGACUUGCAACUGCCGCAAUGAUCAUUUUCCAUCCCCAACCCGUUGAUCCUUGCCCUUGCUACGACGAUAGUGUUGCUUUCUUAUCGGUUGUAUUUGGACUGGAACUAAGCGCAGCCCUCCACUAUGCUCGAACGGGUUCUGGAUGGCCAGAGUUCGUUUACAAGGGUACUUGGCAGGCUGCUACGCGGUUUGUGUUGGGCGUGGCUAUGAUCAUCGUUUGGCGUCUGAUUGCCAAGCGAACGCUUUUGAGAGUCCUUCCACCAGUCUGGAGAUUUGUCCAGACCCACGGGUUCGCUCUGCCACGACGUAACUACCUCAAGGCCACCGAAUACGACAGAGUCCCCGGCGAUCUACCCGACGAUCUUAUUCCCGACUCCCCCAAACAAAUUGCUACGAUGAUCCGUACUGUUAGACGUACCCAUGGUCGUAGCGACUCUGUGGGGCCCCAGAACAUCGUCGAUGUGUAUGAGGCUCAAGCCUACCGGGAGAGCAAACCAAGAUCAGGGGUUCAAACACCCCCACGUGCACAGAACGCUAUCGAGAUCCCUCGUCUCCAUUAUGACGAAUCGCUAUGA